AGAGUGGGGGUGGGGAGCGGCCCGCGCGGGCGCAGCCGUUAAAGUUUAGCCCGGACGGACCCGCCCCCUGCCCGGCCCAUCCGCGCUCGGCCUCCGGGACUGUCUGCAGAAGAGUCCAGCUGGGAGCCAGGAGCGCUGGCCUGACGGAGCCGGCUGGCUGGGAGACCGCGAUUCAGAGAAAGGCAGCCAACAGGUUUUCAGAGAGGGUAGUUUUCCUCCAAGAACUGCUUUAGUGGCCUCCCUAAAUUCUGGUGAAGGCCAAUGGCAAUGCUUCCUCAGGGUGUGCUGCUGUUACACCCAUCUCAAGUUCUGUGCAAACCUCUGGUGAAUCCAUGUGGAUAUGUGCAAAAAACCACAAGGGCAAAGGAUUUUGCUGCUCCGGGUGAGGAGCAUGUCUCUGUUCCUCCGAGCCUCCUCUAAGAAGUGGAGCCUCUCUCCUAUGGCUGGGCUGGUGAGGCUCGCCCAUCAGGCCAUUUUGAAUGGUGGGAAAAGAGACACCUACAGCUAUAUCAUCGUCGGGGCUGGGUCUGCUGGCUGUGUCCUGAGCCACCGGCUAUCAGAAGAUACCAACAGCACUGUGCUGGUCCUGGAGGCUGGACCCAAAGACAUCUUCUUAGGCAGUAAGCGACUCACAUGGAAGGUCCACAUGCCUGCUGCCCUGGUCUCAAACCUCUGUGAUAAUAAGUACAACUGGUAUUACCAUACCACCCCCCAGAAGGGCAUGAACCAGCGAGUCAUGUACUGGCCCCGGGGCCGCAUCUGGGGUGGCUCCUCUUCUCUCAAUGCCAUGGUUUAUGUCCGAGGACAUGCGGAGGAUUACAACCGCUGGAGUGAGGAAGGAGCCGAGGGCUGGGACUACAACCACUGUCUGCCUUAUUUCCGCAAGGCCCAGACUCAUGAGCUGGGCCCUAACCAGUACCGGGGUGGGGAGGGCCCCCUGUAUGUGUCCAGGGGCAAGAGCAACCACCCCCUGCACCACGCCUUUCUGGAGGCAGCCCAGCAGGCAGGCUACCCUUUCACCGAGGACAUGAAUGGUUUCCAACAGGAAGGCUUUGGCUGGAUGGACAUGACCAUCUACAAAGGUCUUCGAUGGAGUACUGCCAGUGCUUACCUCCGUCCUGCCCUGACCCGACCCAAUUUGACAGCAGAAUCUGGAACCUUUGUGACCAGAAUUCUGUUUGACAGGACCAGAGCUAUAGGCGUGGAGUACAUUCAGAGUGGCCAGAAGAAAAAGGUUUAUGCUAGCAAAGAGGUGAUUCUGAGUGGAGGAGCCAUCAACUCACCCCAGCUGCUCAUGCUGUCUGGAAUUGGGAAUGCAGAUGACCUCAAAAAACACGGGAUCCCUGUUGUUUGUAACCUUCCCGGUGUUGGCCAGAACCUGCAAGACCAUUUGGAGAUGUACAUCCAGCAGGAAUGCACUCAGCCCAUCACUCUGUACUCGGCCCAGAAGCCUAUUCGGAAGAUGGCCAUUGGGCUGGAGUGGCUCUGGAAAUUUUCAGGGUGGGGAGCUACUGCCCAUCUUGAAACUGGUGGAUUCAUCCGGAGCCGUCCUGGUGUUCCUCACCCUGACAUUCAGUUCCACUUCUUGCCUUCUCAAGUGAUUGACCAUGGGCGAGUCCCAAGUCAGCAGGAAGCUUACCAGGUGCAUGUGGGGACCAUGCGGAGCAUGAGUGUGGGCUGGCUGAAACUGAAAAGUGCCAACCCCAUGGACCACCCAAUUAUUGAACCUAACUACAUGUCAACAGAAGCAGAUAUUGAGGAGUUCCGUCUCUCUGUGAAGCUAACCAGAGAAAUUUUUGCCCAGAAAGCCCUGGAGCCAUUCCGGGGCCAGGAGCUCCAGCCUGGAAGUCACGUGCAGUCUGACCAAGACAUUGAUGCCUUUGUCAGGGCAAAGGCCGACAGUGCCUAUCAUCCUUCGUGCACAUGUAAGAUGGGCCAGCCCUCUGACCCCACUGCAGUCGUGGAUCCUCAGGCCAGAGUCAUUGGCGUAGAGAACCUGCGGGUGGUGGAUGCAUCUAUAAUGCCCAGUGUGGUCAGUGGCAACCUCAAUGCACCCACCAUCAUGAUAGCAGAGAAAGCCUCUGACAUGAUCCGAGGGCUUCCAGCGCUCUGUGAUGAGGGUGUUCCCGUCUACAGGCCUAAGACCUUGGAAACCCAGCGAUAAGAGACCUCACGUGUCCCUGACAAGGGAGCGUCUGGAGGAGAGUUAUCUUUAAGAAAGCAGACCCAACAGUAGCUUGACCUUACUUACUGACCCCAAGCCAAAUUAUGGAAUGAUUUUGGACACUGCUAGAUGCUGGCCUACAUGGAAGCAAACUACUGUCUUGGCCAGCCUUCUCCAAAACAGACUUGCGGAAGACCUGUGCGUUGCCUAUAAAUGGGGCGAAUUUUCCCCCAGCCUAUGCUGGUUAUUUCUCUUUUAAAAGAAAUUUCAUUUUAGAUGUGUGGCCUAGAAACAGACCCAAAUGGCAGGUAAUUCAGGUAGCCGAAGUCUGCUCCAAUGACAGCCUCAACUAGGAAAAACACCAGUGAAGCGGUUUCUCUUCUUUAAGCUCCCUGCCUGGUCAGAGCCCAUCUGUGGGACUGGGUCCCCCAGUGGGAGGACUGUGGGCUCCUCUUUACACCUUCCUUACCUUUAUUCACCCUUUCACCUCAGGGAUGGCUCUUGCCUUAGUCUCCAGGGAGCUUACCUGGGGCAGGGGAGUGCCGUCAGGCAUCUGUACUCAUCCUGUGGAACUGUUGGCUGAGGUGUCACUGCUGGCCCCUUAGUUUUAAGGAGUGUUUAUGCUGGCUGACUGACCCAUUCCAGUAGAAUGUAAGGGCCUUGAGGACAGGGAGGGCUUCAUUUUCUGUCGUUUCUGUGACUAGCACCCAGCACAUUGCAAUGCAUAUAGUAGGCACUUAAUGUUUAUUGAAUUGCAUGGCAUGAUUCCAUGGAUGUGAUUCCUGAAGGCUGCGGUGUCAGACCUGAGGGGGCCAAUCUCAUAACUCACAUUCUACUUGGUGAACAACACCCUUGAGGACCUGGCUCUCACCUUUCCCUCUGUGGCCUUAGGCCAGAUUCCUCAACUGCAAAAGAGGAACUGGCCACUUUCUUCCCAUCCCCCACCUUGUAGGACCAAAUGAGACAAAUGGAUGUGAAAGUGUUCUGUAGAAAGCCCUACAGCACCCAUAGGGUACUUUGACUUCCUUCUAGCUAAGAUUUACAUAGUACUUUGAAGUUUGGAAGACAGCCAACACAUAUCUCAUUCAGGUGCUAAAUGGAGCUCUUGGCUUACACACACACACACACACACACACACACACACACACGCACGCGCGCGCACGCUUGCAGAGCACCAGUGAGGUUUGAACUGAAGCUCAUGGACCAUCUAAGACUACCCAGGCUUGAGCUGUGUUCUCCUUUUAGGCACCUUCCUUCGCCCAUGUUCAUCCAGCCUUGGCUUGAAGACCCAUGCCAAUCCAUUCCACCUCUGGAGACCUCGACUUCCUCAGAGGUUUUCCCUUAUACUGAGCUGUGAUUUCAACCCAUGAAGUUAAUUAGCUCUUCAUCAGGUAUAGGUUGAACUGGGUGACCUUGAAGGCUCCUUCCAGCUCUGAACUGUUGUGAUGCUGGAGAACUGGGCCACCAUCUCUGCCAUGCAUAGCGCAGUCUGUGGGUACCAGGCAGCUGGGACUCCUUAGUAGGGAUGUCUUUGGACCUGAAAAUACCAGACACGAACUCCAUGUCUUCAACAGGAGUAUCUGAGGGUUUUUUUUUUGGGUGGGGGGAGGAGUUGGGAAGAGUCCUUUUGCAUCAGUCAGCUGGGCUUUCUGGGACAGCAGUUGUCUGGACCCUCAAGUAGCAUCCUCCUCGUUCCACAGAAACAGAUGUCCUGGAAACUUCCCUCAUCUGUUUAUUUCAGAUGUAAUCUCACACCAGUCUGUUGGCAAUAGGACAUGGAACUACUCGCCAUUAGUGGGUGAUCUCAUCUGAGAAUCUCCCGGAGUCCACAGGAUAUCACCUUAGCAUAUGGUGGAUUCAACAUGUGAACAGCUAAUGCUGAAAUUUGAAUCAAAUGAAUAAAAUAGGAAUUGAUAAAGAUUGAGUGCAUUUUUUAAUUAAGAAAAGGGACAGAGUACCCGAUGGUAUUUUUAAACCAACUAAUGAUGUAAUUUAAUUCUUAACUUUGUGGCCAAAAUGAGUCUAUUUCUCUUGGGUAAUAGGAAAUAUACUUUGGCUUUACUUAUCAGAAAAAGGCCAAUCUGCCUGUGAUUAGUAACGGCACCAUUACUAGGGAAGAGUAUAGCAUUGGGAGAAGGUAGGUCAGGGGUGUAGAAGGAAAAUUGGGGAACCAGGCCUUUUAGAAUAAAGGAGCUGGAUAGAAGGCAACAACCCACCGACUUGGGCUCCUGCUUUGAGAAGAACAUGGAGCUGACAACCUGCAAACAAGAUUUGUCACUUACUGAACUUUUUGAUCACCUGGGAGGCUAAUCAUACCAGAAAAUCUCAUUUAGGGGCAAGCAGGGCUUGGCUACAGUCAGUGCUUAGUAUGUGCCUGGCACAUAGUAGGCACUUCAAUGCAUGUUGACCUACUGACAUCAUCGUUUACUUCCUUUGGGUUAUGAAGAAGCUGCCCCCAUGGCCAUGGCAAAGUUUAAGAAAGUUAGCAUUUUCAUCCCUCACCAAUCACAAUUUUCCAGCCUUUUUGGUGUUUUUUCCUAAGCAGGAUCUGGACCUGUAUCUUGCCUUAAACAAUAAACACGACCAAAAUCUUUC